GUGACUCAAGUUCGGAGAAUCGCCUAAUCGAUGCGGUUUUUCCACGAAGGUCAUACGGCAGCAGGACUGCAGCCGUAGAGCCGGCCGGGCAUCGGCUCGAGAGCAACGUCCACUUCCUGCUGCCAUGUAACUCUUAACCUAUCACUAAAACUGAUUAGCAGAUAAAUUAGUGCAUUAAUUUAGUACAAACGCAAUUCGACUGUGAUAAAAAUAAUACAUCUUCCUAGUGAAAAAGGUGUGGUGCAAUUUGGAGGUUAUCAUGGAUGUUGGAAACUCUCGUGAACUUCAAGGGCUUGUAAACAGUGGUGCAAACACUCCACAGAGCGAAACACGAAUAUACUUAAGAUCCCCAAAUAUCGACUUCGUCACUUUUAGGGAGCAAGUCAUCCAAAACAACAUCCAAGAGCAUUUUUUGAACUCUGUUGUCUUGAAUAGUGUUGACCACAAAAACGGUGUUUUAAAAAAACCGAUUUUAUUGCUAGCUUGUGAAGAAAAAGCUGAAUUUAAAAGAGUGAACCAUGAAACGGUCAAACUCCUGUUGGAUAAAGGUGCCAUUACUGACUACCUUGACACAACAUGGUACGGAUGGGAGGCUUUACAUUACGCAGCUUAUGCCUCAAACCCUGAUAAAUUACAAGCGCUAUGUGAUAAACUAGGUGAAGCCAGAGUCAACACUUUGACUAUGUUAUCAGAAAAUGCUCUUCACGUUUUGCUUGAACAUGGAACCUUGGGUCAAAGUUUCAACGUGUCGUGCCAGAACGGAACGGACACAAGGAUGGCGAAAAUCAUCAGCAAAGAAGAAGAAAACGUGACUAAAAGUGCUCGAGUUUUGAUUGACGCUAAGAUUGAUAUCAACCAUACGAACUUCUGGAACCAAACUCCUAUUUUGAUAGCUAUCAAACGUAGAUAUUUUGGCGUGGUGAAGUUGUUACUGGAGAAAAGUGAUAUAGAUUUAGAUUCUUGUAAAGACGCGGUGUCUGGAAAGACGGCCCGAGAACUAUUGGAAGGGAAAGAAGGGUUGGGGAAACUACCAACAAGUUUGGGUUCGAGAUCACCCAAAGAGAUUCUUUUUUCGUUCCUAAAAUCCGGCGAUGAAGAUAACUUCUUGGAAUACAAUGGUGGAAAAAUUAGUGACUUUGUUGACGACUUGGAUGGUGACAACGUAAACAACUCUAGUUGUACUUUGUUACAAUACUGUUUUCGCAGAGGUUUGAUCUUCUGGUAUAAAGAUAAAGCGAGCAAUGAUUGUGACCAGAAUGGUCAAGAUAUCACGUCAAAUCGUCUAGUGAACGUUUUUUGUGAAAGUGGAAUGGGAAAAUCCAUCCAACAUUUGAUCAAUAAUGGAGCUAAUCCCUAUUUCACGUUACGAAAGUUUGAACAAGAUCAUUCCAUCCUGGAAGCAGCUAUCAUCAAAGGGUACUACCCUAUGGUAGCACUCAUUUUAAGCAAACCCGACGCUGAACCACCACCAUACCCCAAAAUCUGUACCGCUUUAGUCAAACUACUUAAAAAUCACUCUCGCAGCAUCGAUUUGAACAACACUCUUGCAGUAGUUUUGAGCUGGUUGCUCGACCAAUUUAACACGCUCAGAGCAAACGAAGAAAAACUCAAAACCAACGAUCCAGACGCAGUACUAGACGAAAGUUUCCAAAACUCGUAUGAAAAAAUAGAAGCUCAAUUGUCCGAGUUGCUUAAGUUAGGUGCGAAAAUCAUCAGUCCAGAAAAUCAACUUCUGUUGCUAAAAUUCCCGAAUUCGUUGUGUUGGACUAGUGAAGAUGAAGACACUAAGAGUCAGACGUCUUGGUGGUGUUGUAAAAACUCCACAGAGAAAGAUCCAGAAACUAAAAUCACCCACUGGAAGAUCUGCUUUUGUAAGUCAGGCAAAAAGUCAGUUAUAGAAGAAAUAGAUCCAGAAGUGCUGCACAGCCAUCUGGACGACUGUGUGGAGCAAGAGGGAACAGAUGUAAAUAUCAACUGUGACAGUUUUCUCAAAGACGGUUCUGUUUACCCGGUUUUUGAUACUUUUUUGUCGUCUAAGAAAGUCAAAGGGAGUCUCAAUCACCUGGUUUUCAAAAUUUUGAUUAUGCGACAUUGGGAAAAUUUGAAACUAAGGAUAUUAGGCUGUCCGGUUCAAUACAUCCACUUGAGCGUAGUUUUCUAUGGAAUAUUUUACCUUCUCUUACAUCUGUACGUUCUGUUUAGCUUUAAUGAUAUUCAUUGUCCUUACCUUUCAAUUUUCGGGUCCAUAUUUUUAGUGACUUUCAUUGUAAAAGAACUUCUACAGUUGAAAGCCAACUGUAAAUUAUAUCGGCAAGAAACUAGUAAUUAUUUCGAGCUUAUGUUCAUCGUUUUUGCCCUUAUGAUGUAUUUUUUUGACACCAAAUGGAAUGACGUUUUUCGAGUUUUGUCAAUCUUGAGCUCAAACGUGGUUCUUUUUUUCCUACUAGAGAACGUUCCAGCUUGCUCCAAAUACGUUAUUAUACUCCGAACGAUCGUUUUCUAUCUUAGAUACAUAUUUUUCUAUUUUAUCCAAUUCCUGGCUUUUGCCAUCUGUUUCUAUAUACUUUUUGCCAAAAAGAACCAAGUCUGGAAAACCGAGAUACCAAACAAGAUUUUCGAGACGGUUGUUUUGUUUACUGGAAACUUGGACUAUAUGGAGACCCCUUGGAAGCAGGAAAACAACAAUGGUAACAAUAGUACAGACCCAAAUCUCUACCACGACUUCCCCCACAAGGAAUCUUUUUCAAAAUUUAUCUUCAUCUUAUUCGUACUGUUUCUAGCUAUCAUUCUCCAAAACUUGCUUCUUGGUUUGCUCGUUAUCGACAUGGGCGAUCUUCACAAGGACUCCGCUUUGUCAGAGCAAGUCAAAAGGGCCGGUUUCGUACUCAGAAUGCACAUUUUCUUCAAAAGUAGUCGCUUCAUGGAGAUUUUGGCAAAAGUGUUCCAGUACGAGGAUUUGAAACCCGAGUCAAAAAUAACCGUAGACGAUAACGACAGGAAAAUACUGACCAAAGAAGAAAAGCAAAAUUUGGACUUCAUGUUGACGAAGAAGACGAAAAGGCCGAAUAUUUUGAAGAAGCUGCGCAACUACGUGAAGAUGAAAACGAACGAACGAAGCGGGGAAUGCUGGCGGAAGAAGCAAGUUUUAGACAAGGCGGUGAUAGAAGAAAUCGUCAAAAAUUUGUAUAGAAUGCAAGAAAUGAAAAUGUGAAAAGUUGUUGAAUUUUGAGGCUUUAAUUAUGUUUUUGUGACAAAGUGCCAAUGAUUUGUAAUUAUUUUUUAUGAAAUAUAUUUUUAUUAAAG